AUGGCUAUUAAGAAUAUUUUAAUUGUGUCGUUGACAUUUUGUCUAAUAAAAUGCAUUACUGCUUUAUAUGAGGAAUGCAAUCAUGUAGUGAAUUUGAGACCCGGUGAGAAAAUAUAUAUUAACUCACCUUACUAUCCCGAUCAAUAUCCAAUCGGCACAUCCUGUCGUUAUACGGUAACGGCACCACUGGAUCACGAGUUGAGUUUUAAGUGCAAUAUACGAUUAAGCUCGGUAACCACGCGCUGCCUGAACGAGGUCUUCUAUUUCAACCGUGAAGGAAGUGAAUUUUUAACGGAUUCCGAGUAUUUUUGUGGGUCAGGCACAAUGGAAAGGAAAAGUUUUCUGAAUAAAGCGGUUAUUUCAUACAUUUCGACACCCAUUUACAAACGCAAUUUGCCAAAAGUAUCAGAAGCAGCAAUAAAAACAACAACAGCAUCCACAACAAAAAGUCCCACCUUCACGGCAACAUCUAAGGAAACCCUUACAACCGUUGGCGCAAACGGCAGUGGCAACACUACUUCCGCCGGCAUUAAGGUACAGCAAGUCAAAACGGAAGCUGACUUAAAUAAUGCCUUGGCAUAUGUAGUCGCUUUGUUGUCCAACAACUUUGACGAAAGUGACUACACAACAUCCACAUCCACAUCCAGACCCACACCAACAAUAAUGGCCAUAAAAUCAUCAACAAUUGCAACAAGAAAGAAGCAAAAGAAAACAAAUCCUCCAGCAACAAGUAAAAUCUCGUCCCACUCACCCACCGUCGCAGGUGCAUCGAAUGUCAGAUUUUCGAAUAAAGCGAAGCCAACAGUAAAGAAAGCAACACCAACAACAACAGCAGCGACAACAACAAGAACGGCAACAAAAAAAACUAAAAGCUUGGCUACCGUGUCUGAUGUCUUAUCCUCAAUCACGUGGCAGCACACUUCCAUAAUGGCCAAUUCCUACUCACUUUCCAACACUUCAAUGACUUCGAGUAAACGUGGCAGAAUUGUUUCCAACUCUGCUGGCUAUAGUCUUUUCAAUGGUGCUAAUGGAGUCGGAGGUGGUGCUUUUUCUUGUCUUGUGGAAGUUAUUGAGCCACAAUGUGAUUGCGGUUGGAGUAUGUCAACGAAGAUUGCUGGCAUCUCGAGUGUCGCUGGUGUACAUGAGUUUCCGUCAAUGGCAGGCGUAUUGACUGUUCGAUUCAAUAAGAUUUUUUGCGGCGCCGCUAUAAUACAUCACCGAUAUUUGCUCUCAGCGGCGCAUUGUUUCCUAACGGGAGAGACAAAUCGUACAGACUUGAUUCGCAUAGUUGUGGGAGAGCAUGACGUAUCGACGUUAUUCGACUCAGUUUAUACACGCACCUAUGAAAUAGAAUCCAUCACACCUCACGAGUAUUUCCGCUCCACUGCUACAAAUGUACGUAACGAUAUUGCUUUACUACGUACACGCUACAGUAUGGAAUGGAAUCGUGCCGUAGGACCUGCUUGCCUACCAUUUCGUUAUGUAGACGGCAGCAAGCCGCCCAGACCGGGUCAACAGUUAGUCACCGCCGGUUGGGGUACAACGACCUUUGGUGGAGCACAAUCGUCAGUGUUGCUGAAAACUACAUUAGAUGUAAUAUCUCUGGAGCAAUGUCGGCGAAGACUGCAGUCAGUGCCGCCAGCUGCAUUCUGCACGUACACACCGGGCACUGACACUUGCCAAUAUGAUUCUGGCGGUGCACUAUAUGCUAGAGGAAAUCAUCUUUUUGCCAUAGGUAUUAUCAGUUAUGGUUUUGCAUGUGCAUCGCAGCAGCCAUCGGUGAAUACGAAGAUUGCCAGUUAUUUAAAAUGGAUCAGAAAUAAAACUCCAGAAGUAAGAUACUGUAUUAAAUGA